AUGGCAGGAGCAGCUGCUACAGCCGGUGGGGUGGGAGGUGGUGAGGGGAGUGGUGGGAGUGGUGAGGCGGGUAGGGGAAACGGGGAAGGAGGAGGGGUAGCAGCGAGAGAAGGAGGGAUGCGCGGUCAUUGCGCAUCAGUCUCUGCUGUCCUCUCCCUCCGCCCCUCUCCCCGCCUCUCCCUCCGCCCCUCUCCCCGCCUCUCCCUCCGCCCCUCUCCCUGCCUCUCCCUCCGCCCCUCUCCCAGCCUCUCCCUCCGCCCCUCUCCCAGCCUCUCCCUCCGCCCCUCUCCCCGCCUCUCCCUCCGCUCCUCUCCCCGCCUCUCCCUCCGCUCCUCUCCCCGCCUCUCCCUCCGCCCCUCUCCCCGCCUCUCCCUCCGCCCCUCUCCCCGCCUCUCCCUCCGCCCCUCUCCCCGCCUCUCCCUCCGCCCCUCUCCCCGCCUCUCCCUCCGCCCUUCUCCCCGCCUCUCCCUCCGCCCCUCUCCCCGCCUCUCCCUCCGCCCCUCUCCCCGCCUCUCCCUCCGCCCCUCUCCCCGCCUCUCCCUCCGCCCCUCUCCCCGCCUCUCCCUCCGCCCCUCUCCCCGCCUCUCCCUCCGCCCCUCUCCCCGCCUCUCCCUCCGCCCCUCUCCCCGCCUCUCCCUCCGCCCCUCUCCCAGCCUCUCCCUCCGCCCCUCUCCCCGCCUCUCCCUCCGCCCCUCUCCCCGCCUCUCCCUCCGCCCCUCUCCCCGCCUCUCCCUCCGCCCCUCUCCCCGCCUCUCCCUCCGCCCCUCUCCCCGCCUCUCCCUCCGCCCCUCUCCCCGCCUCUCCCUCCGCCCCUCUCCCCGCCUCUCCCUCCGCCCCUCUCCCUCCGCCCCUCUCCCCGCCUCUCCCUCCGCCCCUCUCCCCGCCUCUCCCUCCGCCCCUCUCCCCGCCUCUCCCUCCGCCCCUCUCCCCGCCUCUCCCUCCGCCCCUCUCCCCGCCUCUCCCUCCGCCCCUCUCCCCGCCUCUCCCUCCGCCCCUCUCCCCGCCUCUCCCUCCGCCCCUCUCCCCGCCUCUCCCUCCGCCCCUCUCCCCGCCUCUCCCUCCGCCCCUCUCCCCGCCUCUCCCUCCGCCCCUCUCCCCGCCUCUCCCUCCGCCCCUCUCCCCGCCUCUCCCUCCGCCCCUCUCCCCGCCUCUCCCUCCGCCCCUCUCCCCGCCUCUCCCUCCGCCCCUCUCCCCGCCUCUCCCUCCGCCCCUCUCCCCGCCUCUCCCUCCGCCCCUCUCCCCGCCUCUCCCUCCGCCCCUCUCCCCGCCUCUCCCUCCGCCCCUCUCCCCGCCUCUCCCUCCGCCCCUCUCCCCGCCUCUCCCUCCGCCCCUCUCCCCGCCUCUCCCUCCGCCCCUCUCCCCGCCUCUCCCUCCGCCCCUCUCCCCGCCUCUCCCUCCGCCCCUCUCCCCGCCUCUCCCUCCGCCCCUCUCCCCGCCUCUCCCUCCGCCCCUCUCCCCGCCUCUCCCUCCGCCCCUCUCCCCGCCUCUCGCUCCGCCCCUCUCCCUGCCUCUCCCUCCGCCCCUCUCCCCGCCUCUCCCUCCGCCCCUCUCCCCGCCUCUCCCUCCGCCCCUCUCCCUGCCUCUCCCUCCGCCCCUCUCCCUGCCUCUCCCUCCGCCCCUCUCCCAGCCUCUCCCUCCGCCCCUCUCCCUGCCUCUCGCGUCCCUGUGCCUCUGGGUGCAUCGGCCGUCCACCUCCUCCGACCUUGCUCUCAGAUGUUGCUCAAGCCCGCUCCAUCUCCUCUCUUCUUUUCUCCAUCUCCUCUCUUCAUUUCUCCACCUCCUCUCUUCAUUUCUCCACCUCCUCUCUCCAACCACUUCUCCCCUCCCCCUCACACCCACCAGCACCUUCUGCCGCUUUGCUCCCCUUUCUGCCCCUCUUCUCGCCUCUGGGGGCAACGACCGACUCGUGCUGCUCUGGGAUCACCUUCUGUCGCUUUGCUCCCCCGUCCGCCCCUCUGCUCGCCUCUGGGGGCAACGACCGACUCGUUCUUCUCUGGGAUGUGGCACACGCACUCUCUCCCUCCUCCCCGUCAUCCUCCUCUGCCUGUUCCAACCAUGGCUUCCCUCAUCGCCAAGACCCCCGUCGCAGCGCAGACGGCGACGCUGAAGUCGUCGUUCCUGGGCUCCAAGCCACAGGCGAAGGCUGCGAGCGCUGCGGUGCCAGUGAAGAGGGCUGACGCGCGUGUGGUGUGCCAGGCUGGCGACCGUUGGGGUGGGCUGGGCCGCGAUGGGUCCGACGACCAGCAGGACAUCACCCGCGGCUACGGCAUGGUCGACGCCGCCUUCCAGGGUGCUCAAGGUGGCACGCACAAGGCUGUCCUGUCGUCGUACGACUAUGUCAGCCAAGGCCAAAGGAGCCUGCAGUGGGACAACACCAAGGACGGCUACUACAUCGCUCCCGCGUUCAUGGACAAGGUCGUCGUGCAUCUCGCCAAGAACUUCAUGAAGCUGCCCAACAUCAAGGUGCCGCUCAUCCUGGGAGUGUGGGGAGGCAAGGGUCAGGGCAAGACGUUCCAGAUGGAGCUCAUCUUCGCCAAGCUCGGCAUCAACCCCAUCAUGAUGUCCGCGGGAGAACUCGAGUCCGGCAACGCCGGCGAGCCGGCGGCGCUGAUCCGGCAGCGGUACCGCGAGGCGUCGGACGUGAUCAAGAAGGGCAAGAUGUGCUGCCUCUUCAUCAACGACCUUGACGCGGGCGCGGGGCGCAUGGGCGGCACGACGCAGUACACGGUGAACAACCAGAUGGUCAACGCCACGCUCAUGAACAUCGCCGAUAACCCCACCAACGUGCAGCUGCCCGGCAUGUACAACAAGGACGAGAUUCCCCGUGUGCCCAUCAUUGUGACGGGCAACGAUUUCUCUACCCUGUACGCGCCGCUGAUUCGCGACGGGCGCAUGGAGAAGUUCUAUUGGGCGCCCACGCGCGACGACCGUGUGGGUGUGGCACAGGGUAUCUUCCGCCUGGACGGAGUGCCCGAGAAUGAUGUCACCAGGCUCGUCGACACCUUCCCCGGCCAAUCCAUCGAUUUCUUCGGUGCUCUCCGUGCCCGCGUGUACGACGAUGAGGUGCGCCGGUGGGUGGCCAAGGUCGGCGUGGACAACGUGUCAAAGCACCUCGUCAACUCGCGGUCGGGCCCGCCCAAAUUCGACCAGCCGGCGAUGAACCUGGAGACGCUGCUGGCGUACGGCAACAUGCUGGUGAAGGAGCAGGAGAACGUCAAGCGUGUGCAGCUCGCUGAUACCUACCUCGCGUCGGCCGCCCUCGGUGACGCGAACAAGGACCAGAUGGAGCAGGGAACCUUCUUCGAAGGCAACAUGCUGGUGAAGGAGCAGGAGAAUGUCAAGCGCGUGCAGCUCGCUGAUACCUACCUCGCCUCCGCUGCUCUCGAUGACGCCAACAAGGACCAGAUGGAGCAGGGAACCUUCUUUGAAGGUUCGUUCACUCCUGCAUUCAAGGGGUUUUUUUAA